AGAGAGAGAGAGAGAGAGAGAGAGAGAGAGAGAGAGAGAGAGAGAGAGACAGUGUGAUGUUGAAUAUCCACCUUACAGAGACGGUACCGGAGGCACGCGGACGGUACCGGAGGCACGCGGACCUGUUCCACCGGCUCCACUGCGGAAAGAUGCGCUCGAGACUCUGAGAAAAAAAAAAAUCCCACCGGAUUCUAUGUACUUUCUGUUAGCUAACAACCAUUAACAAAAAAUUCGUUUGUUCCUCCCACACACUUUAGAGAUGAUGAAGGUAAGCACAAGGACACCGGUGGAUUUACACCGUCUCUGUUCAACUUGAACGGAUUUUACCGAAUCUGAGACGAUGGGAAACGAUCUGCUCAGCCAUUAGAAUGGUGCAAACGUGUAAAGAAGGAAUCGGGGGCUGAAGCCAAGAAUCAUGGGAUUUGCAGUACGCCUGGCACUGAUGACCUGGGCUCUGCUGGGCUGGUCUCGGGCAGCUGAGAGCGCACCCUCUCUGAGCGUGGCGGUGAUCCUGGGUGAGACCCGUGGCGUCAGUGAACGGGCAUUGCGCCCAGCACCAGGCGUUGGAGCACCGCUGGACAUCAGCGUGCUUGCUGUGCAGGUGAACCACACAGACCCAGGAAGCAUGCUUACCCACCUGUGCCAGCUCAUGGGACGCCAGCGAUUACAUGGCCUUGUGUACGGUGACGGAACCGACCAGGAAGCUAUCGCCCAGAUGCUAGACUUUGUCUCUUCCCAGACUGCUAUGCCUAUCCUGGGUGUCCAUGGAGGUGCAGCCAUGACCAUGGCUGAGAAGGACACCAGCUCCUCUUUCUUCCAGUUCAGUGCCUCACUCCAUCAGGAAGCGCUGCUCAUGCUGGCUGUGAUGGAGGAGUACGACUGGCAUGUCUUCUCCGUGGUGACCACCCGGUUCCCUGGUCACCAGGAGUUUUUGGCGACUAUUCGUGUGACAGUGGAGCACAGUUUCGUGCGCUGGGAUCUCCAGAGCGUAGUGACUCUAGACGGCGUUGGCGAGCCUGAGGACAAAGCACACGUGCAGCUCAAGCGCAUCCAGUCACCUGUCAUCCUGCUCUACUGCUCAAAGGAUGAGGCCGAACUGGUGCUGUCCGAGGCCCGGUCACUCGGGCUGAUCGGUGCCGGCUUCGUGUGGAUCGUCCCCAGUCUUACGUCCGGCAACCCUGCACGUACGCCCGAAGCCUUUCCCCCGGGAAUGAUUUCCAUCGCAUACGACGAGUGGGACUAUCCUUUGGAAACCCGUGUGAGGGACGCGGUGGGAAUUUUCAGUCACGCUGCCGCUGCCAUGUUCCGAGAGCAAGGACGCAUCCCGGACGGAACGGUUAGCUGCUCGGGUCAAGCGGAGAAACCGGAGGUUCCUGCAAGUGCAUUACGCAGGUACAUGAUGGGAGUCAAUCUGGAGGGCAGAGAUCUGUCAUUUAUGGAUGAUGGUUAUCAGGUGAACCCUAAACUGGUGGUAAUCGUACUCAACACCGAGAGGGAAUGGGAAAAGAUGGGCCGCUGGGAGAACCAUUCAUUGAUAUUGAAAUUUCCUGUGUGGCCUCGGUACAACUCAUUUGGAGAUGCAGAAGCAGACGAAAAUCACCUGAGCAUCGUGACAUUAGAGGAAAAACCAUUUGUUAUAGUGGACGAUGUGGACAUUCUGACAGGGACGUGUACGCGUAACUCUGUACCCUGCAGGAAACACAUGAAGGAUAACUCUACAGGUGGAUCGUAUCUAAAGCAGUGCUGUAAGGGUUUCUGUAUCGACAUCCUAAAGAAGAUUGCCAGGAACGUGAAGUUCACAUACGACCUUUACCUGGUGACUAACGGCAAACACGGCAAGAAAAUCAACAACGUGUGGAACGGCAUGGUGGGCGAGGUGGUUUAUAAGAAGGCCGUGAUGGCUGUUGGUUCGCUGACCAUAAACGAGGAGAGGUCAGAGGUCAUCGAUUUCUCCGUGCCCUUUGUAGAGACAGGAAUCAGUGUCAUGGUUUCCCGUAGCAACGGAACCGUAUCACCCUCCGCUUUUCUCGAGCCGUUCAGCGCGUCAGUGUGGGUGAUGAUGUUCGUCAUGUUGCUCAUCGUCACCGCAAUCGCCGUCUUCCUGUUUGAGUUCAUCAGUCCGCUGGGCUUCAACAGAAACCUCGCUCAGGGCAAAGACCCUCAUGGUCCAUCGUUCACCAUCGGCAAGGCCGUCUGGCUUCUGUGGGGUCUUGUAUUCAAUAACUCUGUACCAGUACAGAACCCUCGAGGCACGACCAGUAAGUUCAUCGUGUCCGUGUGGGCCUUCUUUGCCGUGAUCUUCUUGGCCAGUUACACUGCAAACUUGGCUGCCUUCAUGAUCCAGGAGGAGUUUGUGGACCAGGUCACUGGGCUCAGUGACAGAAAAUUCCAGAGUCCGUAUUCAUUUUCACCGCCAUUUCGUUUUGGUACGGUCCCAAAUGGCAGCACUGAGAGGAACAUCAGGAAGAACUACCCAGACAUGCACCAGUACAUGGUCAAAUACCACCAAUCUGGUGUCCAGGACGCACUGGUCAGCCUCAAGACGGGCAAACUGGAUGCGUUCAUCUACGACGCGGCUGUGUUGAACUACAUGGCAGGGCGAGAUGACGGCUGUAAGCUGGUGACCAUAGGCAGCGGCUACGUCUUUGCCACCACUGGUUAUGGUAUCGCCCUCCAGAAAGGAUCCUACUGGAAGCGACAUGUAGACCUCGCCAUUCUAGGAAUCAUUGGAGAUGGUGAGAUGGAGGAGCUGGAGGCUCAGUGGCUCACAGGUAUUUGCCAUAAUGAGAAAAAUGAAGUGAUGAGCAGUCAACUGGAUGUGGACAACAUGGCCGGUGUCUUCUACAUGCUGGCAGCUGCCAUGGCGCUCUCUCUCAUCACCUUCUGUUGGGAGCACCUGUUCUACUGGCGACUGCGUUACUGCUUCACGGGACUAUGCUCGGGACAACCUGGACUCCUCUUUACCAUAAGCAGGGGUAUCUGGAGCUGUAUCCACGGUGUUCACAUCGAGAUGAAGAAGCUUCCUGAGUUAGGUUUCAGUCCUCAGGCCAACAUGUUGCACUUGCUGAAAUCAGCUAAAGAGAUUACCACUUUAGGGGUAACCUCACCUAAACGACCCAUCUCCAGCAUCCUCUCUCCUACACCUGGACUAUUGGAACUCAUGAGUAGUAACAAAGGUAAUAACCUGGCUCCAAAAGAUGCAAUCUACAACAACACCAACACCAUGCUGUCAAAUCGCCACAAAGAGCCUUUAAACAACACCCUAUUGCCUGGUCAGUGUGCCCUUAGCCUAGCUGAUGCCCAGUCUGGUGUGGUAGGUAGCGGAGGCCCAGGAGGAGGUGGUGGUGGUGGUGGUGGUGUUGGUGGUGGUAUUGGUGGUGGUGCUGUUGACUCAGGAGUGCCUGCUUCCAAGUCACGUGCUCUUUGGAAGAAAUCUGUCGAAACUCUGCGACAGACUCAAGGACCUAACGACAAUUCCCCACCUUCCCCUGCAGCAGUAUUUGAGCCUCAUGCAACUAUGAAAAGCCAGAGAUACUUGCCUGAAGACUUGCCUGCACGCUCAGACAUGUCUGAUUGCUCUGGCCGUAUCGACCUACCAAAACAGCACAAGGUUAAAGAUACACUCCGGAAGCGUAACCGCCUGCCACGGGACCUUAGUGACAUGGAACUGUCUGCAUUGCCCAGCCAAGCCAGCCAGCAGAGCAAUCACAGUGCUCACAUCUAUUCCCAGAACAGUCAGAGCAGCCAGAUCUACACCAUUGACUCAGUCGACCAGGAGCAUGGAAUACACUACCCAGACAUAUUCAAUGAACACAGAGACAACAAGCUUUGCCCUUCAUCUUCUUCAGACCAACAGCCAAUUCUGCAGCUUAACAGUAACAAGUUCCCUCAGGCUCACGAACCAGAUGUCAUGCAGAAUGCCACAACUGCUGCUAAGGAAAAGAAAUACAAUACUUACGGAAAGCCUGGUGGGAUAGGGAUCAGUCCAGCAGUGUCCAAUCCUGCCCAGGACCAGAGACAAACCCAUUGCCGUAGUUGUCUGUCCAAGUUCUCCAACUAUUCUGGGCUGUAUACCAUGCGAUCACCUCAGUAUCGCUGUGAUGCCUGUCUGCACUCUGCCAAUCUGUAUGACAUCAGUGAGGAUCAGUUCCUGCACCCUAACAUAGGUGCCAUUCGAGGCGGAAGCGUAGAUAGGAGCUUCUGUGCUUUUCUGCCACAUCCCAAUGCUUCUUUCACAGCCUACCUUCCUCAGAGUGACCAAGAAGGAGAAGGGAUCAUUAGUCACUAUCAGAAUGAGGGCAUUUAUAUCCAUCGCCAGCACUCUUAUGAGAAUCUGCCUCAAAAGAAUUCUUCACGACGUGUGAGCCUUCAGGACAGCACUCCUCACACUAACCUGCACACGUCCACUAUGGUCCCAGAUAAGCUUCCAAAGAGUCAGUCGGCACAACUUAGCCACACACUUGCUUCCGCAGGCAUUGGCGCGCUUGGCAUUGGCCCUCGCAGCAAAUCAAUGUAUCCAGCUCGUCCGACGGAGAACCCCUUCCUGCAGACGCUCCGUGAUGACCAGCGCCUGGCUCACGGCCGCAGCGCCACGGACAUUUACAAACAGCUAGUGCCACUUACAUUAAGUCCAGUUAUCGACAGCAAGGGGCCUGGCAUAGGGGUGGUGGCACCUGACCUAUUUUACCCCGAGCAUGUAAUGCCUUAUGUAGCCCUUUCCCCGGUCGGCACAUUCACAGCCCCAAGAGCAAUGAGUGCCGGCGGUGCCCGACGCAUCUACAAAAGGAUGCCCAGUAUCGAGUCUGACGUCUGAAGGGUUUGAAAGAAAAACUACGAACCGAUGAACUAGAGACUCUGAAAAAACAAGCGCUGUACAAAGCAUCAGUAUUUCCACAUGGAUACGGAUUCAUAUCGGAUUGUUCUUUACAACCAGGAGUUUAAAAAAUGUUCAUAUUAUGUUUCCUGCUCUUAAGUAAAUCUGAGUUUGCCAUUUCAUCAGGUCCUCCCCUGUAGUUGAGCAGCAGCUCUGGGUCUUCCACAAUAACAUAGAAGAUAGCACCAGAUACAGAUGUGCCACAGAGAGAUAGUAAAAAAAAAAAAGCUCCUGGAAAUUGCGGGGCAGCUCCAAAGAGUUUUCCAUUUUUUAAAAAUGAGCAACCAAAAAUUGCCAGGUGGAAUCGCAUGAAGGUCAGAACGUGAAGGAAGUAACGAAUAGUCCACAGAAAAAUACCACAAAGGUAUAAAUCCGCACUAAAGAAACAUCUGAAUCCAAGUGAAAUUAAAUGCACUGUAUAAUAUUGCAGGCUACGUUCACAUUACAAGCUUCUUUGCCCGAUUCCGAUUUUUGCAUCAGAUCGAUCUUAACAUUUGUAACCACGAGUGAUCCGUACUUGUCCUCACCGUCAGUGUGUGUCCCCAGAAAUGUUUUAAACACUAUUCAGUUUUAGUAGGUUUCUCAAAAUUUAGGUUAAAUCAUUGGGAUAGAUCUACACAUAUUCCAAAUAGACCAUUCUCAUAUGUACCCAUAUAUCUAGGACCAAAUAUGAACGUGGCUCAGGUUUUUUUUUUUCAGGUUAUUUUGGGGGAUAUCAGAUUUUUGUGUACACACCAGAUCUGAUGAGUGGUGCGACAGAAAAGUUCUGAUAAGCUACAGCUCUCACUGGUCAGGAACCGAGCGACCUAGCGACCUAGCGACCUAGCGACCUAGCUCUCUGUCCCUGCUGUCUGUGUGGGAGGGUCCUACUCUGUCCUUCCUGUCAAUCACCAGCCAGUUAUGGGCAUCUGUGAGCUCAUGUAUUGGAAGAGGUUAGAUAUCGCUUUCCUUUUCUAGCGGUCUGAAAAGACACAGAUGGCUGGCUUCACAGAUUUUGGGAGAAAUCACGUGUUAUCCUUCACCGUCGCCAGAAAAUCGUACUUGCGUCGCUCGUAUCUGGUAAUGUGAACGUACGGGGGGAAAAAAACAAAACGGCCUUAAAAGGCUCAGCAGAAAAUAUUCUGACGAAACUUCCUACCCUAAAGAGACUUCUAUUUUUUCAACGACAUUUUUUUUUGACGGUGUAAUAUAAGAGAUUCCUGGUGGACCCGGGGCCUUAGUUUAGAAUUUCUGAACAUGUUUACCUGCAUGCCAAACACCAGAGCAGGAAGACAACUUCUCUGAGCCAUCAGUGUCGGUCACGUCCUCACCAUAACAAUACUACAUUAUUACAUUACCGUUAUUCCUAUAGCUGUCUAGGAAAACCCGUACGUGACGAGUCAUUUUUACAGUUUUAUACACUGCCAGAUAUUUGACCAAGCGGUGUGUAGACAUACAGUAUGACUGCUACUGUUCAGGAUAAUGAGAAAAAAAAUGGAAGCUUUCAGUUUGUUGUAAAAAGACAAAGAGACGGUGAUGAUGCUGUAAUCUGAAAUCUGUACCAACAAAAUGAUGUCACACUCUGCACCGCAGGACCACACAGAACUUCACAUACAUCACUUCCUGUAGGACUAAACCCGCCUACCCCAUCCUAAUAUUUAUUUAUUUAUUUGUUUGUUUGUUUGUUUAUUUACUUAUUUAUUUAUUUAAAUCUUGUUUUCAUAUAUAACGGUCAUCCAGCGAUAUGCACAAUAUCAGGUUGCAAUAUAAACUUUGUGUAUGAAAUUUCCUAGCUAAUGUUUUAUUAUUGGUUCAUCACAUCAUUUAUGAAUUGUAAUACAUGUGACAUUAAUUUAUAAAUGUGAUUUGAUUGCAUAUGUAUAUAUAAUAUAAAUAUAAAAAAUAUAUAUAAUAAUAAUAAUAAUAACAACAAUAAUAUAAUAAGAGCAUGUUAAUCUUCUCUAUGGUCGGACUUUCCGAGUUGUUCCUUUUUCAUAUUUUGACGUGAAUGGGAGUUACAUGUUUACAGUGAAUAUGGAAAAUAUGGAUUCUUCUCGAAUGUGAUUUUGAUUCUCAUUUGAAUACAUGGCAGAAUAACAGAAAAAAAAAAGAAACUCGUUCGACCUGGACGACAUUUUGGCUUUGUCUUCAGUUGUUUUGCAUCUGAAAUCUGAGAUUUACAUUCGCAGGGUUUUCGCCUCGCGCUCAAACCGCCACAGACAAUAAAAAAAAUUAAAAUAAAUAGAAAGGAAGUUGAAGAGCUCUAAAUGAGAGAUGUUAUUCUCAUAAAAAACGAGUCUAUCUCUCCGAAGGCUCGUUCACCUUCCGGUUUAAAUUUCCACAAAACUAAAGCCUCCGUCGGUAAGUGCUGAGGCGGCAUCACGGCUGCUCCGGGAUUAGGAGGUUAUGAGUUUGCUCAUUUAAAGACAUUUUACAGUUAUUAAAAAGCAUCUGCUUUCACAGCACUCGACACUGCGUUAACGUUAACGCUAAUGCUAAUUCCUGACUGGAAAUGAUUGUCUCUCUUUACAGCUGAUUUAUAAGAGCACACUUUUGUACACUAAGGUUAUGAUUUCAGAUAUAAGUCUUAAUGGCUUUAUAACAGACAUUAACGCUGCGUUAGCUUGUCAGAGAACAAGACGUCAUGAUCCAGAUGAGGAGUUCUCCACUAAACAGUGACUUUUCUUCAGUGUCAGCACAAACAUGACUCAACAAACACAACCCUACUUCAUUUGACUCAGUCUGUUGGAGAUACACACACACACACACACACACAUGUCUGUACACAACAUGAUCUCGAAACAUGCCGACAUUCCGAACAGCUUUUGGAUUCAUCUGGGAAGUGAAAUUCUCCUGGAAUGUGGUGCCAAUACUUUGUGAUACUUCAGGAGUUAAUCACUGGUGUCAUCAGGACAGGUCCCAGGAUCUCCACUAGCACAUUUACAUUAAUCAGCAUCAGUAACUCAUCAGUGAUUCUCUUCCAGGUCCGAUUUAAAAACCGUAACUUCGACAAGAUUUAAAACGAUCGAUAAAUAAAGUGUAGAAUUUACUUUGACCAUGAAAAGUGAUUUUCAGUCAUUUAGAAGAUUAAAAACCUUUUAUUUUGUGAAUUUUCAUAUCUGAUAGACUUCAUGCUUCUGCUCCACUUUAUUAUGU